UUUACUUCCAGGUUUAGUAAUAGUGAGGGGAGAACGCCAGGCCAGAGAGGGGAGUUCGGGUACCAUCCAGCGCCCCUCUCCCGCUCCCCGCAGGCCUUCGUCCCCGCCAUGGCCGAUCUAAUCCAGAAGAAGCUACAGGGAGAAGUGGAGAAAUAUCAGCAGCUACAGAAGGACUUGAGUAAAUCCAUGUCAGGGCGGCAGAAGCUUGAGGCCCAACUAACAGAAAAUAAUAUCGUGAAGGAGGAGCUGGCCUUGCUAGACGGGUCCAACGUGGUCUUUAAACUUCUGGGUCCUGUGCUGGUCAAACAGGAGCUGGGAGAGGCUCGGGCCACCGUGGGGAAGAGGCUGGACUAUAUCACAGCUGAAAUUAAGCGAUAUGAAUCCCAGCUCCGGGACCUCGAACGGCAGUCAGAGCAACAGAGGGAGACCCUGGCUCAGCUGCAGCAGGAGUUCCAGCGGGCGCAGGCAGCCAAGGCAGGGGCUUCUGGGAAGGCCUGACCCCGUGGUGGGGGGAAGGGGAGGGGAGGGAAUGAGGCAGCUCUAGGGUCUAUACUGUAGCUAAUAAAAUGUGAAAACACCUGGCUGUUUUCUGACCAGCCA